GUGUCGUAUCAAGAGUACUGGGUAAGCAGCCUACCAGCCCAGUUGACUAUUUCCAUCAUAUUUGGCGUUAUCUGCAGAACAAUCAGGUACUAUCAACCCACUCCAAGAAAACCACGUCAAGAUACGGCGGUAAAGUCCGCUCAAACAAGGUUUCUUAUCGAGAGCGGUAUUUUCCGCCAGGCUCUUUCUUCAAUGAAAUACCCCGGACUCGAUGCUCUCCUCUACUUAAUUUCCAGGAGAUAAGACUCGUCUUAUAACCUGAGCUAGUUCCUGACUACUCUUGACUGAACCUUUCUCCUGGUCUCACGCCGCCACACGCAAUUGAAUAAUGACGACAGACACAGCAGACACGGCAGUUGACUGGCCUCCGGGGACUGUUCGCCUGGAGGACAUGCGACCCCAGGCGGAUGGACAAGUCCUCCUGCAGCCUCGACCGACGGAGGAUCCCAACGACCCGCUGAACUGGUCCGGCGGGCGGAAAUAUCUGAACUUUGGGCUGGUCUGCCUGUAUGUGGUCAUGGUGAACGAGUUCAUCAACGCGUCGACGCCCACCUGGGGCCCGAUGCAGACGCAGCUGGGCUACAGCAAUGAGCAGCUGAAUGACAGUUACGCCAUCGGCUGUGCGGCCCUGGCGACAGGGUCCAUCAUACUCAUCCCCUUUGCGCUCAAGUUUGGCCGUCGUCCUAUCGUGCUCGUCAGCACUGUGGCGCAGUUUGCCUUGAGCAUCUGGUCAGCCAAGAUGCAGACUGUCGCUGAUCUCCUCCUCAUCAAUUUCCUCCAAUGUUUCCUCGGCUCGCUGACAGAGGUGCUCGUUCAGAUGACAGUGGCCGAUCUCUUCUUCGUCCAUCAACGGGGCCGCUUAAACGGGCUUUAUAUCUGGGUCUGGUGGGUUGCAGGCGCCCUGGGACCCUUGAUUGCCGGCUACAUUACUCUGGGGCAGGGUUGGCGAUGGGUGUGGUGGUGGAACGCGAUCUUCUUUGGCGCGUGUGUUGUGAUUAUCGGCUUUGCAUACGAGGAGUCCAAGUUCGAUGCCUCUGUCAUCACCGCUCUGCCAGAGCCAGAGACAAUCGUGGAGGCUGGCAAGUCCGACAAGGCCAAGGCUGACUGCAUCCGAGAACCCCAAGCAGGAGGACCACCGGAUCCAUGUGGCAGCAUCCCCAUCAAAACCUACUGGCAACGGAUGGCACUGACAACGUCUUCUCCUGCCCUCGAUACCAAGACGUUCCUGCGUCACAUGUACCAGCCGUUCAUUCUGUUGGCCACCAUUCCCGGGAUUGCCUGGGUGGCGCUGGUCUAUGGCAUCCUGGUUGCCCUGGGAGAUGUCAUGUCGACCACCCUGUCGACCUUUAUGAAACAGCCCCCAUACAACUUCGACUCGCAUCAGAUCGGCCUCAUGAGUCUGCCGCAGAUCAUUGGCAUCACCCUGGGCUCUCUGAUCGGGGGUCCCCUGAGCGACUGGGUGGUCCUAUUCAUCUCUCGCCGCAACAAGGGGAUCUACGAGCCCGAAGCUCGGCUGUGGUGCAUGCUUCCUUUCCUGGUCUUCAUCCCGCUGGGCGCUCUCCUCUUCGGCUUGGGUCUGAAUAAUGGUCUUUCCUGGCCAGUGAUUGCCGUGGGGUUUGCCUUGUACAAUAUCGGCGUGGCACCCAUAAACGCCAUUACCAUCACCUAUUUAACCGACUCUUAUAAAGAUGUCAUCGGUGAUGCCUUGGUUGGUGUCACAGUUAUCCGUAACUCAUUCAGCACGGCGUUCAUCUUCGCCUUGACCCCCUGGAUCUCAGCAAUUGGCAUCAAGUAUGUGUUUGUGACGAUUCUUCUCAUUGCCUGUGCCAUCCUUGCUUUCUCUGCGGUUUUCAUCAAAUGGGGGAAGCAGUUUCGCUCGAUGAGUGCGGACAGGUACCGUCGUUAUGCCUUAUGGCAGUACCAGGGGAGAAUGUAGUCAGUGUCUUUUAUAUGUAUAGCUACUUUGAGGAUAGAGUAUAUCAUUAGCGUUUAUCAACUCGAAGAGAACCAGAAGGAUAUAUUAAUUGAACCUGCGAACCGUC